GACUCUCUCGGGAGCGCCCUCUGAUGGUGGAAGAGACACAGGUGAGGUUCUGAAAGUGGGUGUUCUCCUCUCUAUUAGAGACUCUCUGUUUGUAGCAGCAUGAGGACAGUAGUGGAUGUUGGAGCUACUCUGUCAGUUAACCUAGAUGCACUAUAAAGUCUGAAUAAAAUCAGAGUCAUGGAGCUGAAAUGGGAUGAUGGUCCAGUCAGUGAACCCGUCCUGUUUUCCAAAGACAUCUUUGACAAAUACUCACUGGCACCCACAGUACAAGAGCUGUGGGCCUUGUUACAGAGUCCUGACGUGAAAGAAGAAAAUACGAGUAGGCCUGUUGGUACCUCCUCGCCACCAAAGCUGACCAAAAGCAAUACAGUUGCACCAAAAACCAGCAGCAGAAACAGCCAUGGCUCGGUUGGCUCUGCUUCAGACCGCAGCGACACUGUUACUGAUAGCAAGAAUAAUCUCACUGAUGCUGAUUGUAAGGAACCUAAAGGAUUCCCUGAACCAGAAGUACCUUAUCCCUGCUACACAGCCCUCAGCAUCAAACAACGAAUAGAAUAUCUGAACUCAAUUAAGAACAAAAAGCAUCUCACAACUCCACAAAACAUAAUGCAGACUGUGCAGAUGGAAAUUGCAGAGUUCAUGAAGUAUGUGCAGGAUGUCUCCAAAUUUCGUGCUGAUAAGUACAAAUACGUGCCUCUGGGAGCCACUCGCUAUUUAGAGGAAUAUUUUAAAGCCAGCAUGGAGUAUAUAAAAUACUAUCCGCAGCAUUACAGUAUCCAGGAAAUCACCAGCUUGACUGGAGGGAAAUUUAUCCCAGACAUUUCCCUCAACUUUGAGAAACAACUGCUUGCAAUGGGUAGUGUAGACAUGUUAGAAAAAUGGAUCGUGCCAGGGAAACCACAGCUCUCCGUGGAUUAUGACUCUGUUUCAGCUGUGAUUCCUCCAUCAACAAAGGCCAGACAUUUUCACAAGGCAAUCAGCAGUGACACAAAUGCAGAGAAACUCAGUGCUAUCUAUGAGCCUCAUGUGUGUCUAGCAAAGGAAGCCUUCAUUCAGCUCCUUAAUAACAGUUCUGAGCAUUCUGAGCCAUGGGAGCUGCCAGUCUGGGUGAAGGAGAAGUCUGGAAAAGGUAGCACUCUAAGUAAAACAGUGUACAUCGAUCCUCCUCUGCUGAAGACACAGAUGACCUGGAGAGAGAGAAAUCAUCUGUUUCAUGAGGAGAGUAUAAAACUGGCCUACAAGAAGACAGCCUCAAAUCCUGUGUUUUUUCUCGAAACAGAGGACUUUGCCAGUAAAGUAGACUUUGUCCCAGAGGCAAAGAGUAACUCAAGAGCGGUUGUUUCAUUUGAUGAGACCGGCAUCGAUUUUGAGGUCGAUGUUACAGAACUGGAGUCAUUUGGAGAGUCCAGCCAACUUAGUAAGAAUGUAAAGGAAGAGGAUAAACCAGAAGACCACUUUAAACAUGAAACACUGCCAUUAUCUAAACCUAAAUCAGGCUCAGAUAAAACCAGCGAAGUACUCACUAAAGUGGCUUCCACACUUAAAGCCAUUUCUCCACCACUCUCCACACCAUCAAAGGAAAAACUGCAAGAAGAAACAGUCAGUACUGAUGUAGAGGACAGCUCAGUGGACAAGAGAUCUGGGGACAUUCUAUCAGAAGACCAAAUGAGUAAUAGUUCCACUGUAGAAGAGUCUCCCAGUGCAGACUGUCCACCAAGCAAGCGGAUAAAGCACAGCUCAGCAAGCAGUCCAGACCACACUAUGGAUUCUGACGAGGAACGUCUUGUUAUUGAUCACUUUGGCUCCCCAUUAAAAAACCAAGCAGAGAAAACGAAGACAAUUCAAGCUACACCAGAGAACACCACUGAAACCACACUGUCCUCAUUAAAAAAACAAACCGCAGAUUCCACAGUGCUUCCUAGCACCACCAGCCCUGCUAAAGGAACUAAGAAAGGAGUUAAAAGGUCCAGAGUCUCUGAGGAAGGUGACCAGCUUGGUCAGAUCUUGAGAAUGCAGAAUGCCAUGCUGAAAUCUAAAGUGGGCAAAGGCCAGGAGACUCCAAAACCACACCCGGAGUGUAGACCUCCCGAGCCCAGGGUGAGCAUCCACCAUCAGCCUCUGGUUAAACCCUGUGUCUCCUCCUACUUGGACUCUAAAGAAGGUCUGGUUGAAGAGGCUGUAGCUCCUGCUGUCGCUCAGUCCCCACCACGCAAGAAAAGGCUGCUGAAAGAGGAGCUGAGGGUGAGUGCGGAGGACGAGCAGGACUACGAGGCUCCGACAGAGUCCAGUGUGUUCUAUAAACUCUACAGCCUAAUGGAUGUGCUGCUGAUGGUGCGCAGCACUGUGGACAUCGCCCACCCCAGACAUGAUCAGGACACCUUUAGGGCUGUUCCAGUGCACGUGCUGCCUAAGCUGGAGUACCAGUUGUGUUACGGAGCUGAACUCCUGACCCACACUGAGGUGUGUCGUCUGUGGGCCGAGCAGCUCCUACACACCAGCACUGCCUCCUUCAUAGGUCGCAUCAAUGCACACACAUCAAAGGUAGCAGAGCUGCAGGAGCUCCCAGCUGAUUGGAUCCAGAACACUUCCUGUAAUUUUAAGCCGGCUAGAUGCUUGAAUACGCUUCACCACAUUCUGAAAAAAGUCACAAGCUUACCGGAGGGGAGGUACCUGUUGGUCCAUAAACCCGGUGAAGCGUUCGUGUCCAUCUUCAAAGCCAAUGAUGGAAAUAAAACUAGUCGUAGCAUCUAUGAUCUUCAGGCAGUGCACUGUGGCCCCCCUGUCCCUCUGGAGGCCAAGGUGCCCUGGGUUCCUUUAGACCCUUUUCAUAUACUGCCAUUCCACCAGAAAUACAAAAGACCACCUUGCACAUUUCCACCCUGUCCAUAUCAAGGAAAAAAGCUGGCAGGAGGGAACAAAGGAGCAAAGCAUGCUAACACUCCAAAUAAUCCACCACGAGGAACUCAGCAGUUUGCAGCCGUGCCCGGGCAAAAUCACAAGAAGAAAAAGAACAAGAAAAAAAACAAACCAAACAAAUGGACAGAGAAGAUGAAGAACAAACAGAAGAAAGAAAUACAGAUAAAAAAGAAGAGCAGUGAGCAGGGAUAGGACUAGGACUCUUGUCUUGAAUAUGUAGGCAGAACUCAGUGGCGUCAGGAGGUGCUUACGUUAGAGUGGGUCUAAUCAGGGAAGGAUCGAGGUAGAUUAUUAUUUGAGAAGCUUAGGUUUGAGGACGAGGAGUUUUCCUGAACUGAUUUAUGUAAGUAAAUUCCACGCAAACAGUAUAAUUUAUUUUUCUUAAUUUUUUUUUUAGAAAAUCCUUCUUCAAAGUUAAAAGUUUUGAAAUGUAUGCAAGCUAGUUGACCUUUGUAAUGUUUUGUAUUCUUACUUUUAUUUGUAUAAUAAGAAUGAAUAAAUUAGUUAUUGAUAUAAACUA